AUGAACAAGGCCGCCGACCUGGACGGCGUCCGCAUCGUCUACGACAGCUACGGCACUGGCGACCAUGCCCUCGUUUUCAUCCACGGCUGGUGUUGUCAUGCCGACUUUUGGACGGAGCAGAAACCACUGAUGAAUCGCUACCGGUCUAUCGUCGUCGAAAUACCCGGCCAUGGACGAAGCGAAGCUCCACUGGGCUACGACUACUGUGUCGAGAACUUCGCCAACGCGGUCCAUGCCGCUGUGAGGCAAGAAAAUAUUGCCAAGGUCGUUCUUCUGGGCCACAGCCUGGGCGCGGUGGUGGCAAGCAUGUUUCUGCGGUUGCACUCCGAUAUGGUCUUGGGAAUCAUCUACGCUGACGGCCCCUUCAUACCACCACACUGCGAGGUAUCAAUGGCAAAGCGCAAAGUUCUGGCCAGCAUGCACGAAGACGAUGAACAAUUCCGGGCAUUCUUUGCCAGCACGCUUGGUCCAAAGCUCGACAAGGACAAGGGACAAUGGAUCCUCGAUCACAUGGGCGGUGCGCCGAAGCACAUGCGUAUGAAUGCAGUCACUACUGCAACACUGUUUCAUUCCUGGGCUUACAAUGAAGUCUUCGACAUUCCGGCGGUCCGCUUCUACUGCACGUUCAAUGCGGCUGAUUUGAGAUGGAAACAUCACGUGCCUCAGCUUGUGGACGAGGACUGGAGUGACGGUGGCCACUUCAUGCAAAUGGACGAACCAGAGAAGUUCAACAACAGGGUCAUUGACUUCAUCGACAGUCACCAGCUAUUACAGCAUAGUUAG